GCGGCGCGGCAGGAUGCUGCACGAGCUGCUGCUGGCGCUGAGCGGGUACCCGGGCGCGGCCUUCACCUGGAGCAAGCGCGGCGGCCUGCAGGUGUCUCAGGAACUGCCAUUCCUGCAUCCCAGCGAGACCAGCGUCCUGAACCGGCUCUGCCGCCUCGGCACCGACUACAUCCGCUUCGCCGAGUUCGUGGAGCAGUACACCGGGCAUGUUCAGCAGCAGGACCAUCACCCAUCUCAGCCAAACCAGAGUGGAUUACAUGGCAUUUAUUUGCGAGCCUUCUGCACGGGCCUUGAUUCGGUGCUGCAGCCCUAUCGACAGGCACUGCUUGACCUAGAGCAGGAGUUUCUGGCCGACCCACAUCUUUCCAUCUCCCAUGUUAAUUAUUCCUUGGACCAGUUUCAGUUACUCUUCCCCUCUGUGAUGGUCAUGGUGGAACAGAUCAAGACUCAGAAGAUCCAUGGAUGUCAGAUAUUGGAGACAGUCCACAAACACAGCUGUGGGGGGUUGCCUCCUGUUCGAAGUGCUCUUGAAAAGAUUCUGGCUGUGUGUCACGGAGUCAUGUAUAAGCAGCUCUCUGCCUGGAUGCUGCAUGGAUUGCUACUGGACCAACAUGAAGAGUUCUUUAUCAAACAGGGGCCCUCUUCUGGGAACGUCCCCAGCCAGCCUGAAGAAGAUGACGAUGACCUGGGAAUCGGGGGACUUACAGGAAAACAGCUACGAGAACUGCAGGACCUGCGCCUGAUUGAGGAGGAGAACAUGUUGGCUCCAUCUCUAAAACAGUUUUCUCUGCGAGUAGAAAUGCUGCCUUCAUACAUUCCUGUGCGUGUUGCUGAGAAAAUCCUCUUUGUGGGAGAAUCUGUACAGAUGUUUGAGAAUCAAAAUGUUAAUCUGACCAGAAAAGGUUCCAUCCUAAAAAACCAGGAGGACACUUUUGCAGCAGAGCUACAUCGACUCAAGCAGCAACCGCUCUUCAGCCUGGUGGACUUUGAGUCGGUGGUUGACUGGAUCCGCAGCACAGUUGCUGAGCAUCUUUGGAAACUGAUGGUGGAGGAAUCAGAUUUACUAGGACAACUGAAGAUUAUAAAAGACUUUUACCUUUUGGGAAGAGGUGAGCUGUUUCAGGCCUUCAUUGACACUGCACAGCACAUGUUAAAAACACCACCCACGGCUGUAACUGAACAUGAUGUCAACGUUGCAUUUCAGCAGUCUGCUCAUAAGGUACUGCUAGAUGAUGACAACCUUCUUCCUCUGCUGCACUUAACCAUUGAGUAUCACGGAAAGGAGCAUAAAGAUCCUUGUCAGACUCGUGAAGGGCCUUCCCGGGAAUUAUCUCCACGUGAAGCCCCUGCAUCGGGAUGGGCAGCUCUGGGCCUUUCUUACAAAGUUCAAUGGCCACUGCACAUUCUCUUCACUCCUGCUGUUCUGGAGAAGUACAACGUUGUGUUCAAAUACCUGCUGAGUGUGCGACGAGUCCAGGCUGAGCUGCAGCACUGCUGGGCUCUCCAGAUGCAGCGCAAACACCUGAAAUCCAACAGGACUGAUGCCAUCAAGUGGCGCCUGAGGGACCACAUGGCUUUCCUUGUGGACAAUCUCCAGUAUUACCUGCAGGUGGAUGUGCUGGAAUCUCAGUUCUCACAGCUGCUGCAGCAGAUAAACGCCACGCGAGAUUUUGAGAGCAUACGUCUGGCUCACGAUCAUUUCUUAAGCAAUCUGCUGGCUCAGUCUUUCAUCCUCCUAAAACCUGUUUUCCACUGCUUAAAUGAAAUUCUGGAUCUUUGCCAUAGUUUUUGUUCUCUGGUCAGUCAGAAUCUGGGCCCAUUAGAUGAACGGGGAGCUGCACAACUCAGCAUUUUGGUGAAGGGAUUCAGUCGUCAGUCAUCACUGCUCUUCAAGAUUCUCUCCAGCGUUCGCAACCAUCAGAUAAACUCUGACUUAGCUCAGCUGCUGCUGCGCUUGGAUUAUAACAAGUACUACACCCAGGCUGGAGGAACCCUGGGCAGUUUUGGGGUGUAAGUGCCAACAUCUUUCCUUCAGGCUGUGACCAACACCACACCAAGCAGUGAAGCCUGAUGCUCUGGGAACAUCUGCACUCAACUGAAUUUUUCUUUGUAGCUUGGCACUUGCCUGGUGAAUGACUUUCAGAAGGAACUGGCAGGGAGUGCCACUUACGUGAGGCUGCCCAGUGACUGCAGAAAGCUACUCCAUUUUCUGAACUAGUAAAAGCCUGCUUUCUGCAGCCCUGGGUGUGGGGAGGCAGUCUGUGCUGCUUCAGAAAAUGAAAGAGCAACAGGAAUAUAUUGUCUUGACUCUUCAGCUGAACUUUGAUCCUUUGCAAGCUGGAGUAUAAAGGGAGUAGUCUAUUGUUCUUGACUAUGAAUUAAGUUUUGACUCUAUUCAUAAGUUCCACUUGUGCAGGAAACUGAUGUACAGCACCAAUUCCUGCCAGUCAAACACACCUAGAGGUAAAGGAAACAGCUGCAGCAGCAGUUUGAGGUAAGGGAGUGAGAAGCAGGAACAGAUUUUAAGGCUCUUUUCUCCUAUAGUGCACUGUUCUAGCACAUUUGUUUGGGUAAAGGAGCCACAAGUGCUUUCUCUAGAAAACAUUACAUAUUUUCUCUGCUAAAAUUAUGCAUGUCAAGACAGAAUUAGGAGCUUUGCCCUAAUCAAAGUACAAAGCUCUCUCCUGGCAGAAAAGUAAACCAGAACUGACACAGAGAAAGUGAACUAGGUUGCCAGCUCUAAACAUACUGGUUUUAUUCAAGACUAUUUAGAAUGCUACUAGUGACAAUCCUACUGAACCAAAAUAAAACCAUCUUGUCAUGCAA